UUACCGCCCGUUUGACUCCCGUUUUGAUCCGCUAGCGUCUGUCUCUGAGCCCUGCGUCGUCCGCGAUGUCCACCGCCGUGGAGGCCGUCGGCUUCGUGCUGUGCAUCAUCAGCUGGCUGAUCACCGGCACCGCGCUGGGCAACGACUACUGGAAGGUGUCCACCGUGGCCGGCAACAUCAUCACCUCGGUGCGGCAGUACGAGAACCUCUGGCACUCGUGUACCGAGACCAGCACGGGCAUCGCCCAGUGCCAAGACUUUGAGUCCCUUCUGGGCCUCCCAGGCUACGUGCAGGCCUGUCGCGGCCUGAUGAUCGUGGCUCUGCUGAUGGGGCUCGCCUGCCUGGUGAUCGCCCUGCUGGGCGUCAAGUGCAUCAAGAUAGGCUCCGCCUCCGAGUCGUCCAAGGCCAAGUUGGUCAUCGCCGGGGGCAUCGUGUCUGCUCUGGCUGGUGUGUGCACCUUGGUAUCAGUGUCUUGGUACGCCAACAUGAUCGUGGAGGACUUCUAUGACCCCUUCACCGGGGGAAUCAAGUUUGAGCUGGGGGCUGGGCUUUAUAUGGGCUGGGCUGGGGCCUUCCUGGCCAUCCUGGGAGGAGGCAUGCUCUGCUGCGCCUGCAAGAGGGUGACCCCUGCUGGUGGCAAAGGGGGUUACCGUGGCGCCCUGCCUAAGAAGAUCUUCACACCCAAAUCUGAAUCUGAAUCGAAAUCGAAGGAGUACGUCUAG